AUGGCUGAAAAUGAUUCCUCAGAUUCUGGUGCAAAAGCUUCCGGAUUUUUACGGCUGAUGGAAAAAAUUGAACUUCUUUCGGAAUUAGUCAAGUUUUUAAACAUUUUUGUGACCAUUCCUACGACUUCCGCCACCGAUGAACGAUCAUUCUCUGGGCUGAGAAGGUUAAAAACAUAUCUAAGAUCGACAAUGGGACAAAAACGACUCAAUUCUGUAUCUCUUCUUCAUUUUCACAAGGAUGUGGCAAACGAAAUGGACUUGGAUUCAAUUAUUAACGAAUUUAUUCAGAGAAAUGAUCAGAGAAAAAGUACUUUUUAUCAGUGA